GGUAGAAAAUGGCGAGUCUGUGCAAAAGCCAACAAUGCACAAUCGAGAGGCGCGGUUUUCGGCAGGAACUUGACUCAUGGCGGCAUAAACUAAUUCACUGUGUAGGAUUUGAAAGCAUUCUGGAAGGGCUGUUUGGACCAGGACUUGUAAACGAUCUUACCCUAUUUAAAGAUUGUGAGCCUGAAGGAGUUUCUGAUUGGUCCUUUGAUGAAAAUUGCCUCUUCUGCUGCCUAAGACGUGAAAAAGUAAAGGAACAUUUGGUUGGGUUGAGCAAUCAAACUUUGGAAGCGGGCGAGAAGGCCAUUUACAGACAAGAUCAGUCCAAAAUUAAUCGUUUAGAGAAGCAAGCAGAAGAGUUUCUCAAUGCGGUAUUCUACAGAAAAGAUGUCCCCAGGGUCUUUGAUCCAAAAAUUCCUUUAGUGGCUCGUGAGAUAAUGCAGCGAAUGAUUCGACAGUUCGCUGCGGAAUAUACCUCAAAAACCAGCUCUCCUCAGGACUCCAUCCAGCCCAACGGCACCAAGGACCAAAGCCUGCCGAAAACAUCCUCAUUUGCUCCUGCAGAGAAUCCUGUGCUCAGCAAGCUUCUCAUGGCUGACCAAGAUUCUCCUCUUGAUCUUACUGUCAAAAAGGUUGAGACUGAAUCUAGUGACCAAGACGGUGUUCUUGAUUUGUCCACAAAAAGAAGUCCAAGCACUGGUUGCACAUUUUCAAAUACUCCUCCCAAUUAUUCAUCAGCUUUUCUGGGAAAAGGUGAUUCUGAAGGACUAAAUCUGUCUCAAGGUGGACAGGAGCAGCCACAUUCUUCCUUACAGCAGUUUAUGACAAAACUGUGCUCUCACCACCAGAAGCAGUUUGUUAAUGCAUUGGACUUUCUGCAGGCAGAAGUUCAGCCAGUAUUACCAUCAACAUCAUCUCAGAGUCUUAAGAAAGAAAGCCCUUCAGCCAUGACAGAGAUGCAUUUUGAUCAAGGAAACAAAUUCUUGAAGUCUUCUACUUUUACUGAUUCACAUCACCCAGACAGGACACCUGUUAAUAUAGAUAGAUCUCAUGACACCGCAGAUUUCACAUCUGCAGUAAACAUCUCAGAUGGCCAGAGCCUUCUAACCAAUGUUCCAGAAGGUUCACCUAGUAAUCUCUCUUCCGGUAUGUUUUCACAGUGUUCUGUUGAUCAGCCUUCACCUUCUGAUGCUUCUUCUAACCAUAAACCAUUGUUCAGCUCACAAGUGGAAUGGGUUCAAGGUGGAGCAACUCUCCAUAAGUUUGAAGCAAGGACUAGUCUGACUUCUCAAGCAGCUAAUAUUGUAAACACGCCUUUGCAAAAUCCAGAAAUGGACACAUGUUAUAUCGAUGGAAAUUUGGAUGAUUUGCAACAUAAUUUAGAUACGUCUUCUUGCUUGAGCACUAAUAGUACCCUAGAAAAUCUUGGAGCUGUGUUAUCUUUGACUAAUCAAUCCCUUCAUAAUUUUCACUUAGAAAAAAAGCAUUCCUCUGGAGACACCAAAGAUUUGAUUCUUGAAUCAAAUCCAGCUGAAAGGGCAACAAAAGCUUCAUUCCAGAAGUCCACUUCUCCUGUUUUAACUAAAACUGUGAGGAAGAAUAGUAAUAGUGGUCAUUAUUUGAGACCCCGAAAUUCGUUAUAUCAGAUUGUAAAUGACCUUGAUAAUCAAUGUGACAUUGUAUAUAUUAGUAAGCACAUUACUGAGUGUCAGUUAGAACCCAAGAAAUCUGUUUCACUCCGAGAGAAUGCCAGAAAAAGUACACGAGGCCAUAGAUGUAAUGAGGAGUACUGGGAACUAAAAACUGUCCGUACACUGGUACAGAAAUCAGUUGCUAAUGGGAAAGGAAAUUGGCCCCCUUUGAUUCCUGAAUCCAUUAACUUAGUGGCACCUAAACAACCUCUGUCUGUGCCAGAAAGUGACCCUUUAACAAAUAGCCUGUUUUCUGGAACCCAUGGGGAGGUACCACAGGAAAACAACCCUUCAGAGCAAACAAUGAUUAAGAAAGUCAAGGAAAAGUCAUUUACAGUUGAUGGCUAUGUUGAGGCAAUUGCAGAAACUAAUCAAACAAAUCAAGUGAAGCUCAGUGAAAUUGUUUCCUAUCCUUCCCAGGCUUGUGAAUCUUCAAUAGAUCAGGAAAGUGAAAACUGCAAUGAAAACCAAAAUAUUAAUAUUUCUUCAGCUAAGCAGCAAGCUGUUAGUACAUUAACUGAGACUGAACACCCAAUCCAAGAACUGCCUAAAGAGCACCAUAAUAAACAGGUAGAAUCUAUCUCAGAACUUUUAGGAAUGAGUGCAUCUCAGUCACAGUCGAUUCCUGCUCUUGAAAGAGAUUUUAAAGACAAUCUUGUAGAUGUUUUGCCAGUGGAAAGUGGUGAAUCUUCCAUAAAUGUGACCAAUUUGCAUUUUUCUGAGGAGAUAUCUGCCACCACCAAACUACAGGAGGAGGAGUCCUUUAUCCAGCCACUCUUGUUGAAGGCGGCUGCCACUGCCCAGCCACUGUCACUGGAGGAGGAGGGGGAGGAGGAAGAGGUGGCAAUGACCAGAGCCCAACUGCUGUCACCAGAAGAAAAUGCAAGUUCCCAGCCACUGCCACCAAAGAACAAUGAGAAUGCUGUUGCCCAGCUUCUGUCACUUGGAGAGGAAAAGACAAAUGAGGGUCCUGUCAGGCCGCUGUCACUGAAGCAUGGAGCAAAGGUGGUCACUGCCCAGCUACUGUCUCUAGAGGAGGAGAUAAAGGAGGUCACUGGCCUGCCACUGUCACUAGAGAAAGAAAUACAGGAGGCCAAUGUCCAGCCUCUUUUGCUGGAGAAACGAGCAGAGAAGGAGGUGACUGACGGACCGCUUCUCUAUGAAGAAAAACUGGACGAAACCACUGGCCAGUCACAAUCGCAUGAAGAGGGACCCACUGCCAGUCCGCUUUUCCCUCCAGAGGAAGAGAACGAGCUCACCACUGGGCAGUUGUCUCUGUCAGAGGAAGAAACGGAGCAAGCCACAUCCCACUUGCUGUUGCCUCCUGAGAAUGUGGUCACUACUACACCAGUAUUGUUGAAGGACCACAGUUCGAGUCCUCAUGAUUCAGAGUCAGUUGGUACAUUAGACAUCCAAUUACAGGUUGGUAAUUCUUCAGAAAUGCAAAAGCCAGAAGUUGUUCUAAAUGAUUAUAGUCUUCCCCCUAUCGAAGGGAUCACUGAAAAUGAAAGUACUCAGAAGUAUAAUCAAAAAAAUCUUUCUUGCGUUUUUAAAAAUGAGGACAUUGAUGAUGUGUCUGUAGAUUUCACUAAGAAAAGACAGGACCAGCUUGAAGAAACAGAGGAAAAGAAAGCACAAAAUGCAAAAAAAUUAAACCCAAAGAAGCGCUCCCGGAAAGUUUUUGAAAUCUCUGAUAGGAGUUUACGAAGUCAACAUCAAGCUUUGAUUCCCAUUUCCAUUUCUAAGAUGAAAAAUGUUUUGCCAGGCACACACACAAUGUCUUGUUUAGAAAUAAAUCCUUCUCAAAGUAAUAGGGCUAAACGCCCAUGCAGAAUGGUAAAUAUUAAAUCACCAAAAGUGGUGAACCUGGAAAUAAAUAAUUGCAUUGAAGAUGUAAAUGAUGAUGGUGCUCAGAAAGCUAUCCCUUUAAGUCAAGUGCAGACCAGUACAGAGAGAAAAGUAGAUAUUCCAGAUGAAAGUGAAAACUUGUCUCCAGUUAAGAGCAAGAUACCUGGAAUCACAUUUAGUGAAUCAGCUUCUAGAAUUUUAGAGAAUUGCAGCAAGAUGCAUUCUGUCAAGGACAGCAAUGACUGUGUAGGUUCUGCUGGACGUAAGAGUAACAAGACAUUGAUUAAGAAUAUGGCUUCCAGAGUGCUGACAAAACAUAAACACUUUGUACUUAGAUCAUAUAGUCAACAGGGUUAUGCAGUAUCUCAGGUCACCACACGUAGUGGAAUUUAUCCACAGAACCAUAAUAAGCCCUUAAGGUCGUCUUCAGGUAAUAACCCACAAUACAAAUCUAAGAAUUUAGAACUUUUUAGUAUAAAAAAUACUGACAUUUCUGCAAAAGACCCUCCCAGGUUUUUGGAAUCCUUGGUAGAAGAGGAGAAUCAGGAUCUUCUUACUAGCUUAAAUGCCAAGUAUGAAAAGGUCCAUAAAGGCUGGGUACAACUUGAGAGAGAGGUUCAGCCUUCACCAAAACCAAAAAGCAAAGCAGACAGACUUAAAGAGAUCUGGAAGAGUAAACGCAGGAUUCGCAGGUCCAAGGCGCUAGAACAGCAGAAGUUGUCACCUGUACAAAUGCUAUUCAUGAAAACCUUUAGUUUUGCCAAUAUUUGUAGGUGGUUCCUAGAGACAACUGAAACAAGGUCAUUGGUCAUAGUGAAAAAGAUCAACACCCGAUUGGCGUCUGAGACACAGCCUUUUUUUCAUAAUCCAUCCUCUAUUGUUACAAGUUCAUCAACUACAACUUUCACAAGUUUACAAGCAGAGCGUUUGAAAAAACAUUUGAAAAAAUUUGCUAUGGCUUCUCCAGCAAAAAACAAUUUGAAAACUUUAAAGCAGUUAGCCAAAUCCAGACAGUUAAAUGGUCAGAUUAAUUGCCAGAAUGAAACAAUUACAGCUACCCGCAUUUCUACCAAGCCCAGAGCUAACCCCAUUCCUACCACUGGCACAGCCAGAAAACAAUCACAGGCUUCUAAAAGUCCAGCAAGUGCUAGAAUAUUAAGAAAAUAUUCCAACAUCCGAGGCAAAUUGCAAGUCAGUCAUCAUGUGUUAAAGACUGAGACCUCUGCAGGACUUUUCAGUAAAACUGGCUCCCCUAAGUCCCUGGUGUCUCAGAAACCAUCUUCCCGGUCAGAAGGUUUGUGUAGAAAGAGGUUGUUGCCACAAAAGGAAAAGAAAAAGAAGCAAGAUAAAACUGUCAAUAAAAUAAAAUCCUCUACUCCCAACAGGAAAAAGACAGAAAGUGGUUUGAAUACAGAGAAAGGAACUAAAAGUAGAAACAAGCGACUGAUUAUUCAUUCCAACAACAGCAAGAAGUUAAAAAAACCACUUGCACAUCCAGGAGCUGUCCCAAAAGUAAAAAAAAAUAGUACUGUUUCUUCUGUCUCAAGAUCAAAAGGAAAAAGCAAGCUGGCUGAAGCAAGUCUACCUAAAGCUCACAAGGGUGCUGUAAACAGAAAAAAGGCCCAAGUACAAAGACGCAUGGUUUUAAAAGUGGCUGGUGUACAUGGACGGAAUAAGUCUACCAAAGCUGUACGCCUGGUGAAAGUUCUCUCCCAGCAAACAAAGGUAGCCAGCAAUACAGGCCGUACUCAGAAAAAGCUUAAAGUUGUAGCAAAAAAAUCAAGUGUGCCACUUGCAAGAAAAAGAGGCAAAGAACUGAAGUCUGUGCAAGCAAAGCGCAUUAAAAGGUCUAAUGCCAAUUAAAACUGUCAUUAUUGCUUUCUUCAGAAGUUUUUUGAAAACAUUGGCAUGACUAUUUUGGCAGAAAGGUAAUGGAGCCAUAAGACUAUUAUAAAAUACAGUUUUUCAGAAAAAAUGCAUUAAAAUUCAAAGCUGCUCUUGUAAGCAUUGGAAAAGGAAAGAACAGAAACAGCAUUUAACAAAAAACAAAUUAUGAAAAAUUAAAUAAAUGAAAUUUCAGAUUGAUGACGUGUUCAGGGACUGCAUGUGUAUGUGUGCUUUUGUUUAUGUGAGUGUUAAAUUGCGGUGAGGGACUCCUGAGACCUCUGGUGCUGCUGAGGAAUUCCUCUGUUAUUGUACAUUGUUUUUAAAAAUGUGCAUGCAAUCAAAGAGGACAGGAUGAAAAGCUACUUCAGGUGAAGGGACAGUGCCUUAUUUAUCAAGUUAAGAAAAUGUAUUGUUUGAGAUGUGAAAGGCUUGCUUUUUUACUUGUUGCACAAACACUCGUACUGUAGUGAAAGGAGCAGCAGUCUUCAUGCACAGGCUUGCUUCUUUUGCAGCAUUUUGGGUUUGUCUUGCAUGUCAUUUCAAACCAGUCCCUUCUUUAAGUCUCUGUGUGUGUGUGUGUGUUUGUGUUUUUUUUUUAAACACAGUAUUUAAUAUGGUCAAGCAACAUGUACGUUUGUUGUUUUUUUUGUCUGUGCUUCUUAUUAUUGUUCUUAUAAAUGUUUCUUAUGAUGCAUAGUCAAUAAGUUUUGUAAAAAGAAGAAAAAAAUCAAUGUUAUUAUUUAUGAUCUUGUUCAUGUUCUGUUGUAUUUUUCAUUUCUGUAAGCAAUGAAGUAUCUUUUAUGCUGUAUAAUGAUUUAAAACAGAGACCUAUAGACUGUCUCGAUCUACAGUAUGUUCUAUAUGUUCACUCUGUUCCUCCUCUUUAGUUGUCAUAUCUUAAAUGAUAUUUUGACUCCCGGUUUAACAGGGUUUUAACAAGAGGCAUUAACCUCAGACCACAUUUUUAAUGCAUUAUAAAGCACAUGGGUAGACUGCAGAUUAUUUUAAUUAUUAGUGUUUAACUCCUGCCAAUCUGAUUUGAGACAUCCAGCCAAGAAGUGCACUUCAUACCAAUGCGAAAACGUGAGCAAUGCAGGGGUUUUGGCGACUUUGACAAUAAGUCUUGUAUUGCAGUGCAUUUACAUCUUGUGGCUCUUUGUAUAUAUUGUAAGCAUGCAAGAACUGAUCAUUCCAAAAAGUGGUCAGACAUUGAAUUUUAGUAGCAGGUAAUUUUAUAAGACUGCCAAAGAUGCUUGGAACAUAUUUAAUAAUUUGUCAAUCACAUUGGUACCAUGAAAUAGCAAUGAUUCCCCUAAAAUGUAGGUUAGCGCUUAUGCUUUUGAAAAUACAGCUGUCUCACCAUUUCAUUAAUGGCAACGCAUUCAUGUUAUAUGAGUCUUCUUAACUUUGUGCCCUUUAUUAACUACGUUUGACUAGUUUCAGUAUUUAUCUUAUUGUAUUCUUGUCUUUAGAAAAUGUAAUUCAUAUACUCUUGGGUUAUAUAUUGUUCAUUCAUCGAAUUGAACUCUUCAUUAGAGUGUCACAGGUUGAAAACUCUUGUUUCUCAAAAAGUAUACUCACAUGUGCAUACACACACGACCUUUAAUAGGCUCAUUUACUGAUAAUAAUCACCCUAACUUUUAAGGUGUAGAAAAAAUAGAUACAUUUGACCAUAAAAUUUCUAAUACAGAGGCACGCGUGAUUUUUUUUUUUUCACUUAUCCAUCCAAAAACAGAAUGUUAUUCAGAAAUUAUUACAUUUUCUCAUUCUUUAGUGGGUUAUAAAUUGAAAUUUUUGUAUACAGUUAUUUGCAAUUAUCAAGCUUUGUAGGCAUGAAAACUUGGUUAUGUGUGGUUCCAUUGUAGACAGAAAGAUGGCACAAAAAUAAACUUAAAGAUUUUUAGCGAAGUUGUUUAAAACAAUAAAUUGAGUGCAUUUAAAACUUUUUGAUAGCAAAUUGUUGCUUCUAAGAAACAAAAUCCUUCCGGAAAUUAUAAUACUUUCACAAAUAAGCCCUGUCACUGUGCAGUCACAGUUUGUGUAGCAUCAGUUAUUUUAAUUAUUCCCAGAACACAACUUUUGUAUAAAGGAAUUCAGUCUGUAUGACAUUUUGGUAAAAGGUUUACACUAGCAUCUGAUACCCUAGGCUUGUGUGUGAUCUUCUGUUUCAAGUCUUUCUUCUUCUUUGGUAUUGUCUUACUUUUGUGCAGCUCUCUGUCUAUUUGCACCCAAAUGGUUUAGUACUAUGAGGGACCUACAGAAGUAUUAGCACAAUGUUUAAAAUAAAAAUAAAGGGAUAUUACAGUUAGCUAUUACAAUUUUCAACUCCACCAUUGUCAAUGAUAGUGCAAACAACUGCUUUGUUUCCAUCUGAUAUAAAGGCAAGAUUUGAAUUGCCACUUCUUUAACCAUUUUAAAUAAUUGCACAGUAAAAGCAAACUAUAUCAUGAAUAAUGGGCUGUUUAUUAUUUAAAAUUUUAUUUUAUAAGUUGGAUGUAUCCACUAAAACAGAAUGGAAGUUCUCUUUUGGCAGAGUACUGUAGUAAUUUUUAUUGAUCAUAAUAAUGGGUUCUCUGGGUUAGAGAAUCCUUCUUUUUGGUGAUGUAUAUUUAUAUAUUUAUCUUUUUAGAUUGGUUUUAAUAGUAACUCAUUGACUAAGUAUAUAUAUAUUGUGCUUUAUACCUGUCUUGCUAGAUAAAAAAAAAAAUCAGCCAAACAAAAAUAUGGAAUAAGAAAAUAUUUAAAUAGCAUUAUUUUUGCCAUUCAGUGCAAUACGAUUUUUGCUAUUUACUAAUUUAUUUGUAAACUGUGUGUAUGUUUUUAGCACUGUGUUAAAAUCUCUUGAAAGGCUAAUUAAGAAAUUAAGUGCUAGCAGUGCUAUGAGAAAGGCAGGGCCAGUAGAAUACUGUACAAUUUCAGCACCUCAGAUAACAUUUUAAUGAUCAUAGAACUGAAAUUACAAGCAAACUGAAUCUUUAUAUUUGAGCUGAUUUACAAGGCUUAUUGUAUUUAAAAGAGGAUGUAUGUUUGCAGAGAGAACAUGCUUGAAGCUGUACCUUUUACAUACUUGGCCAGGAUGCUGUCUUUUCUUGUCAGUAGAAGGCUGCAUUGUGAAAGCACUCUUAAUUGCCUGUAUUAGUUGUAUUGCUGUUAAUUCUUCUUAUAGAUAAAUAACAAAUGCAGGUUAAAUUCCUUGAUGCAUAAGCAUUUCUUUUAGAUUUUAUACUUUGGACCCAAAGGGUUUGGAAAAUGCGCAAUACAUUAAAGCAAUAUUACUUGAUCAAUUGUGUUUGGUUGAGAAAUUUGAGAAGGCGGGUUGUUUCUGGUGUUUAUUUAAAUAUAGAUUUUAAUGUGAAUUUUUUUAGCACUAGUUAUACUAGUCAAUGUAGUGUCUUAUUCUUAUGCUUAAUGAGCAAAUGAAUCACAAAGCUUGAUGCAUGGUACUAAAGGAGAACUGGUGGCACUUACGCAGAAAGAUUUUUGCGUCUGUUGCCUGGUGUUUUUAUCUUCUUAUAAACUCUCCUUUUUUCAUGUUUCUUCUGUCCAGAAAAAACUAACUUUUUCCAAGUAAUUAACAAAUGGUUUAAACUGAUGGAUUAAAACACAACUCUCAGUUUCAGACAGCUGCAAUGUUUUUUUUUUUAAAUAUAUUUGUUAAAUAUGUGUACAAGGAAAAUGAUUCAAGUCAUGUAGUACCCAUAUUUAGCAAAUGAUUGAAAUCAAUGCAAACUGUGACACAGGAUGUAUAAAGUAGCCCCAUAUAAUACAGGAGUAGCUUGUGCUGUGGCAUGCUGAAUUAACAUUUGGGGGGUUGCUGGUCAGAUCUUCAGAUAUCUGAAAUCAACUGUAUGACAUUUUCUUCAUUUUAAGAAUAUCAACAGGUUCCUAGUGUAUGUUAAGAAAUCUUGGGUGCAUUUCAAGAUGUACAGUAUCUGAGUAAUGUCCUAUAUAAUUCCCAUUUUACAUGAAUUUCCUUACAGUAAAGUUCAAUGUUUGAGUUACCUCAAAAAGACAAAGCUAAUUCAGGAUAUCUUAAAAUGCAUGUCACCUUUAUUAAUAUGCAUUUUUAUUUAUCCUGAAAUAAAGCAACACUCAAUAAUUAAAAUUCAAGAUAGAACAAAAAUCUCAAAAGUAAUUUUAAAAUGAAGUAAAGUUUCAAGGCAUGAAAAAAUACCUUAAAUUUAUCCUUCCAUCUUCAUCCUGGAAAUACAUGAUCCAGUCCAAGGGCACUGGGUGCCAAGUCAUGUUUUGGCAGCAUGAAAUGUAACAAAUGAACCAGUCCUAGACAGAAGAUUAUUCUGUCAUACCUCAUUAACGUGUUUUUAUACGCUCAAUCGGAGGCGGCUGAGUGUCAUUUCUUGGGCAUAGGCAGAGAAGCCAGUUAAACACUGGGAACACAGUCAGUCAGGAGAUUAGCCCAGAUAACAGGAGCGUGCAACGAUUCUGGAUGUGUACCCUCUCUCCAAACGUGUUCAUUUUCAGAUCAAUAAAAAUUGCUUCUUUUUUAAAAUAUGGCAUGCAUUUCAAAACAUCGCAUAUCAUAUCACUGAGUUUUUAAGACAUCUUAUAGCAGAGUGGAAGUCCCAUUCAGAGGAAACAGAUAUAUUCGGUCUCUCUGAGACUAAUUUAUCUUUAAGUACAAAAGUCAAACAAGGCAGUCCCAGUCCAUAAUAUCCUGUUGGGUUUGCCAUUAUCAACUCGGCUGCAACAUUCAGCCCUGCACUUGUACGGAUGUCAUUUUUGAUACCAAGGCAGGAAUUUGUUUAGUGUCCUAGUCAACUGACCAAAACUGCUUUCUGGCAUUCCUUUGUCACAGGGUAAUUCUGAGUGUUUAAUGUUUGUUUCAGGUUUAUUUCCUGGAUUUUGCCUUUGGCAUUUAUCAUACUCAUUCCUGACCUCAGCCGCCACUUUUGAAUUGAGUCUCGAAUACCUUGACAGAAGUUUGCCUAUUUGGCGUUGACUCUGUCCUUUACUCACCAAUAGCCGUUAGAACUGCCCAUUUGCAUGUUGUAAAGCUCGUGGUUUUAUAUGUUGUAGGUGGUCAGUCAUACAGUAACGUGACAACAAAUUACUUACAAAUAAAAAAGGUGCAAACAUGUUCUGUCAUAAACAUCUGUGACAAUGGGAUUUUCAAAGGGAGUUAUUUUUGAGAUAUCUUAAAAUGCUUGAUGUUGACAUUUUCUGAUAUUUAACAUAUUUUCAAAUAAAUUAAUUUCUAUAUUCCUUUCAUUUUGAAUCUUCCAGCAGCUGUGAAAAUGUUCACAGACCACUCAUUGGACAGAUAUGGCAUUUAUUCUUUUGACCUUUAUUUCCUGGGGCAUACAUUACAUACAAGGUUUUUCAUGGGUGCAGAAGAUUCCAAUAACGUUUUGUGAUUCAUCUGUUGAUUGAUGUUAAAUAAUUUUGUCUGUUACUGAUUUUUCUGUGUUAUUUUGUAUAGCAUGUAUUUUACAUCUGGUGAAGUGAUGCUUUUUUUUUCCUUUAUGUUCUUGUCAUUUGGAGAACAUUAAACUAUUCAGCCUUUGACUUUGUGUCCAUUGUGCUCAGUAAGAGAAUUUGGCUUUGUUUGCUUUUUACUUAUACAUACAAAACCACACAUCUGUCAUUAGUGCACAUGGGCAGCACCCCGCUUUCAGUUCACAUCACAUUAUUAUUUAAUUUGUAAUAUCAGGACUGCAUAGUGUUGUCUGCUGCAAGAAUCCUUCAGACAUGCUGAAGCACACAGGUUCUACAGUGGAUUCAGAACAUACACAGGUCCACACAUUGUAUU